CAAGGUCCGAGCAGCAGGACGAGCUGAUCUACUUCUGCUUCGCUGGGUUUCCUCGGCCAGCGGUACUUGUUUCUUCACAGCUUCACCUUCAGGAUGAAGGUGCGUGUCCUCCUCCUGUGUUUGUGUUUCUGCUGGAGGACGGAGGCUCAGGACAAAUCGUAUCUGGUGACAGCGCCCCUCUCCUUCCGCCUGGACGCUGUGGAGACGGUGUUCGUUCAGCUGCUCGGUUACACAAAUGAGGUCAACUUAUACGUGUUUGUGAGGACGUCCAUGGCCCCGGGUCACGUGGUUCUGGCCCAGGACGUACUGACCCUAAACGCCCAGAACCGCCACCAAGGCAUCGCCAACAUCCGGUUGUACCCGAAUCAGCUGGGGAAGACUGUGGACAAGGUGAUUCUUCAGGUGCAAACAGAAGAAAUCAACCAUCAUGUUUCUGUCCCCGUCAGUCGCUCCAACGGCUUCCUCUUCAUCCAAACGGACAAACCUCUCUACACUCCGCAUCAGAAAGUAAAAGUGAGAGCAUUCUCCAUGAACCAGGAGCUUCACCCGGCCAAUCGCAGCGUCUUCCUGACUUUCAAGGACCCUGAUCAAACAACGGUGGAUAUUGUGGAGAUGAUCGAUGUGAAUAAUGGAAUCCCAUCCAUGCAAAACCCCUUCAAAAUCCCCAUCAAACCAAAGUUGGGAAUUUGGACCAUUGAAGCUUCUUACACGGAUGAUUUUAAUACAGAAGCAAAGACCGACUUUGAAGUGAAAGAGUAUGUUCUUCCUAGUUUCUCCGUCCAGUUGGAACCAGAGAAAAACUUCAUCAGUUACAGUCAAUUCAGUCAGUUCAACUUCAAGGUCUCUGCCAGGUAUCUUCACGGUGCCCCGGUGGCUGAUGGAGAGGUGUUUCUGCGCUACGGCUACGUUAGGGGGAAAGACCCUCCAGUCAUCAUCCCCAACUCAGUCACCAGAGAAAGACUGUCCUCAACAGGUGAGCUGCAUGUGACUGUGAACAUGGAAAAAGUCCUUCAGAAGCAUGAUGGACCCAGAGACCUGAGCGGUUUGGUGGGGAAGUACCUGUACAUUGCUGUGCUGGUACAGGAGGACACAGGUGGGAUCACUCAGGAGGCUGAGUUUGCUUUGGUGAAGUUCGUCAAGUCACCGUACCAUCUGAGCCUGAUCUCCACCCCCCUCUUCAUCAAGCCUGGACUCCCUUAUAACAUCCAGGUGCUGGUAAAGGAUCACCUGAACAAGCCGGUGAGCCAGGUUCCAGUUGAGCUGGUGGAGCAGCAGCUGGUCACGGCUACUGGGGGUGUGGGGGACAUGUCCUGUCAUAAAAGCAGUCGCACCGACUCAGAUGGCCUCGCUUUCUUCAUCUGCAACCCCAUGAAUAACGCAGCCAAGGCUACGCUGAAGUUUGAGACGGCAGACCGCGGCCUCCCAGCUGCCAGUCAGGCCAGUCUCACCCUGGAGCCAGUGGCCUACCACUCCCCCAACGGACGCUACCUCUACGUCAACCCGCCCAUGUUUGGCCAAAGCCUGGUGGUUGGCCAGUACUCCAACAUCCAGGUGUACACUACCUUGCCGGGGUACCUGAAGAUUAAAGCCCUCAGCUACCUGAUUCUCUCCAAAGGGAAGGUGGUCUUUUUCAAAAAUCAGGAGUUUGUCCCCAGUAGUGAUGGCAAACAGAUUCUGAACUUCCUGGUCACUGCCUCCAUGGUGCCAUCCAUCAGGCUGGUGGUCUACUACAUCCUGGGAGGAGAGGGGGUGUCCGAGCUGGUGGCCGACUCCGUCUGGAUGGACGUCAAAGACCAGUGCAUCAACGGGCUUCAGACAACCGCAUCUGUUCGUAAGACGGACCACAAGCCCCAGGAGAACCUGCAGCUGAACAUCAGGACCAAUCAGGACGGUCUGGUGGCUCUGUCAGUGGUGGACUCUGCCGUGUUCACCCUGAGACCCAGCUAUAGAGACCCACUGUCCAUGGUCAAACGGCACAUUGAGGAGAGCGACCUGGGCUGUGGGGGCGGAGGAGGCCGAGACAACGCAGAUGUUUUCAGACUGGCCGGCCUCACCUUCAUGACCAACGCCAACGCCCAGCCGUCAGACACAAGUGAGGCGUGCACGGCAGCUGUGCGCCAUAAACGAGCACUGACUGAGGAGGCUAAAGCUAAGAAAGCCAAAAGUUAUGGUCAUCUGAAGCAGUGCUGUGAAAUCGGCAUGAGAUACAUCCCCAGGAGCGUGACCUGCUUACAGUUCGCCGAGCAGAAGUUCAGGAAACACCCUCACUGCAAACGUGUCUUCAAGGAGUGCUGCGAGUACGUCCAGGAGAACCUGGACAACAAUGACAGGCUGGUUCUGGGACGCCAUGACAGGGGGGCUGACUUUGAAGAAGCUCCUUCUCUGGUGCGGAGCUACUUUCCUGAGAGCUGGUUGUGGGAGGUGCAGCGGGUCAGUUCAGGUGAGUUGUCGGUCAGCAGGACUCUGCCAGACUCGCUCACUACCUGGGAGGUGAAAGCUGUCGGCAUGUUCCAGAACGGCAUGUGUGUGGCGGACCCGGUGCAGGUGUCGGUGACCCUGCCACUCAGCCUGGACGUCCCGCUGCCCUACCAGGUGGUGAGAGGAGAGCAGCUGGAGCUGGAGGGCUCUGUGUACAACCAGCAGGGCAACAGCAUCAAGUACUGUGCCACGCUGACGGCCGGCCCGGCGCUCUGCCUGGUGCAGUCCCAGCCGGUGCCCGGGGAGGGGGGGCUGCACUCCACGGCCUGCAACUGGAGACGGCUGUCUGCAGGGGGGGUGAGCAAAGUGCUCUUCACCGUCCUGGGCCUGGAGCCGGGAGAACACACCCUGACCUUCACCCUGAAGACAUCUACAGGAGGUGGGGACAUCGUGAAGAAGACGCUGAGAGUGGUGCCUGAAGGAGUGAGACAGGAGGUGCAUUCUGGAGGAACACUUGACCCACAAGGACUGUACGGUUCGGAGAAGAGAACAGUGAUACUGAAGAACCAGCUGCCGACAAACAUUGUUCCCAACACUGGUGUCCAGAGAAUGCUCACCAUUAAUGGGGAGCUUCCAGAAGAAGUUGUGACUGUCCUGACUGAUCCCGAGGGCCUCCAGCAACUUAUCAACAUGCCAGUUGGCUCAGCGAGAGCAGAGCUGGAUAGGCUGCUCCCUCAUGUCCAGGUGUAUCAGUACCUGGAGACAACGAGCAGCUGGGACGUGUUGGGAACAGAUAUCCUCAAAAACUCAGCCGACGUGAGACGGAAGAUUAAAGAAGGCCUGGUUGCCAUCUCAUCAUUCAGGAAUGGAGACAACAGUUACAGUCCGUGGAUGAAGAGAGAGGCCAGCACCUGGGUCACAGCUGAGGUGGUGAAGAUUAUGUCCAUGGCAGAUCCAUUGGUAUCUGUUGACCAUCAGUCUCUCUCAGACUCGGUGGCUUGGCUGAUCCGCAACUGUCAGCAGGAGGAUGGAUCCUUCACUGAGAAAUCUUCCUUCAAAGCAGUCAAAAUCCUGGCUGAAGGAACUGAUGCGGUGGAACAGACAGUUUAUCUGACAUCCUUCGUGCUCAUCGCCUUACACAGAGCAACCAGGAUCAACGACCGGAUCCUGCAGCUCCGGUUUCAUGACGACAGCAUGCGCUCGGCAGCAGAAUACAUCUCCCAGCAUGCCCUGAAUGUGAAGAGUGUGUUUGUUCGCGCGGUGGCGACCUACGCGCUGACGCGUCACAACCCCAGCGGCUUCACCGUGACGAUGCUGCUCGACAGCCUGGAGAAGCUGGCCCGCCAGAAAGGUAACCCUGUUGAACUCAGGUACUGGCAGGAGUCCAGUGGGAAAGCUGACUGGCUGAAACCGGACGAAUCCAGCGGUCUGACGGUGGCGACGACCGCGUACGUCCUGCUGUCGGUGCUGCAGAAGGGGAGGAUCCAGUAUGCAAACCCAAUCCUGACCUGGCUGACCCAGGAUCAGCAUUACGGGGAGGGUUUCUACUCCAUACAGGACACAGCCUUGACUCUGGAGGCCCUGACGGAGUACAGCAGGAUCAUCCCCAAAACCGUAAUCAAUCAGGACAUCACCAUCCGCUAUGCGAGGAAAGGAUUGCUGAGGCGAGUCUCUCUGAGCCAGAGCCGUUCUGUGGCCGCCCCCAUCGAGGUACCGUUAAGUGACGACAUCACAGUCUCCACAGGGUAUGGAAGGGGUGUGUCCAAUGUGAAGCUGAAGACGGUGUACUACCAGACCACGGCGUCCGCGCAGCCUUCAUGUAACUUUGACGUCACCGUCGAGGUCGUGGGCCCCGACGUCUCUGAUAAUCCCAGUAUGCGAGCUCCUCACCUGUCCGCUUGUGUGAAGUACAAACCUCCCCCUGGUGAGACCUUCACAGAGUCCAGUCUGACAGUGAUGAAGAUCCAGCUGCCGACAGGUGUGGAGGCGUACCUGGAGGACCUGAAGCAGUUCACAGACACAGACGAGCCGCUCAUCUCCCACUACGAGCUCCAGGGAAGCACCGUGAUCAUCCAGAUGGACGUUGUUCCCGCAGACGUUUUCCUGUGUGUGGGUUUCCGGGUCAGAACCAGGUUCAGAGUGGUCGGAGUCACUGAGUGUCUGCUAACCGUCAGCGAGACAGAGGACAAAGGAAGUCUGUGCCUGCAGCAGUUCUCCUACCAGGAGCAGAAGCUGCAGCGCCUCUGUGUGGGCGAGCAGUGUCAGUGCAUGACAGCUGCAUGUGCUGCCUACAGAGGAAACAGCGACCUUUCUCUGACAGCCGACAAACGAACAGAGGAAACCUGCCGGCCUCACAUCAGAUACGCCUACAGGGUGACGGUGAAGUCCUCGGCGGCAGAGGGAGACUUCAUGACCUACACAGCCACCGUAGGUGAAGUCCUGAAGAACACGGAUAAAGAGUUGGAAGCGGUGAGUUCAGGUACGGAGGUGGAGCUGCUGAAGAAGGCCACCUGCACGGGUGUGGACCUCCAGAAGAACAAGCAGUACCUGGUGAUGGGAUCCAGCGGGUCAGAGGUCAGGCUGGACAGGAGCUUCAGGUACCGUGUGCCCCUGGACUCGGAGGCGCUGGUAGAGCUCUGGCCAACAGACUGCAGCUCUGCGGACUGUUCUGAGCACAUCGCCCAGCUGGACAACUACGCUCUGGACCUGCAGCUUAUGGGCUGUCCCUGAGCCGCCACCUCCACCCUGCAGCACAUGUUACACUGCAACUGUGAAUGCAACGCUGGGUUGACAGUGAAGGUGGAGACGAGGAGGAGGACGUUUUGAAAUUCAGCUCACAGUUUUAAUGUAAAUUGAUUUUUCUCUUUUCAUAAUAAUUUACUAAUAAAGCUUAAAUAAAAAUGUAAGGUCCAACUUACUGUAUAUGAUAUAAAACACUGAAAAACAGUCCAUAAAGUUUCAUAUUUUGUUGGACCACCCUUAAAGCUAGUGUGCAUCUUCCUGUGAGGAAUUCACGUGGGGGGUUUCUCUGUUCAAUAGUUAGUACCCUCUUCUUUACUUUUCCUCUAUUUUAUGUAAAAAUGUAUGUGUGAAGACAUUUGUGGCCAUUAAAGAAACAUCCCUGAUUUUA